AUGCAUCGCGAGGCCCGUCGUCUGCAGUCGACGGAAACGCUGUUCCAGGGCGAGCUGGCCAGCGCCGCCGUCGACCGCACUGGCGAGCGCAAGGCCGACCGCAGGCUCGUGCGCCGCCUCGACCGCAGGCUCCUGCCCUGGCUGUUCGUCAUGUACAUGCUGGCGUUCCUCGACCGCACCAACAUCGGCAACGCCAAGAUCGCCAACCUGUCCAACGAUCUCCCCAUGACAGACAUGCAGUACACGCUGACCCUGAUGGGCUUCUUCGUCACCUACGCCCUCUUCGAGCCCUUCGCCAACGUGCUGCUCAAGAAGCUGCGCCCGUCCAUCUUUCUCCCGUUCACCAUGCUCAUGUCUGGCGUCUUCAUGAUCCUGAUGGCGUCUGUGCCCGUCUGGCACGGCCUGCUGGCCAUGCGCAUGUUCCUCGGAAUAGCCGAGGCCGGCCUGUACCCGGGCAUCAACUACUACAUGUCGUGCUGGUACAAGCGAGACGAGUUUGCCCUGCGCGCCGCCAUUUUCUUCUCGGCGGCUUCUCUUUCUGGAGCGUUCGGCGGCUUCAUGGCAGCAGCCAUCCAGAAGCUGGACGGAGUCGGCAAUCUGGCGGGCGGGCGCUGGGUGUUUCUGAUCGAAGGCUUCUUGACCAUAUUCGCGGCGGUACUCGGGUUCUGGCUGGUGCCUGAUCUCCCGCACGACGCAAGGUUCCUUUCCCCGGACGACCGCGUCCGCCUCAUGCGCCGGCUCCGGGCCGACGACCAGGGCAGCGCGUCGACCAGGGGCGAGCAGAUGAACAAGGCCCUCGCCAAGGCGGCCAUCUGCGACUGGAAGACAUGGCUCGCCAUGCUUGUCUACAUGGGUAACGGGGUCUCGCUCUACUCGCUCGCUCUGUCGUUGCCCACCAUGAUCAAGAACAUGGAAUGCGUCGACAGCAAGUCCAUCUCGACCAUCCAGAUGAUGACGGUCCCGCCCUACCUGGUGGGCGCCGUCGUCACGGUCGCCAUCGGCUAUCUCAGCGACCGCUACAAGAAGCGCAGCAUCUUCAACCUGGCUCUCGCCCCCAUCGCCAUGGUCGGCUUCUUAAUGUGUCUCUGCUCAAGCCUGGGGCCGGUGCAAUACGGUGGCUUCAUCCUCGCCGUCUCGGGUACCUACGCGUCGGUCCCCAUCACCAUUGCCUGGGUGGCCAACAACGUCGAGGGCCUGUACAAGCGCGCCGUCGUCAUGGGAAUCGUCAUUGGCUGGGGAAACCUGCACGGCAUGAUGGCCAGUGCCUUGUGGCACGACUCACCCGGAUUCGUGAUGAGCUACAUCGUCGUCGUCGUCUACGUCAGCGUCUGCAUGUUGAUCGGCACCAUCCUGUUCAACUGGUACCUGCGGAGAGAGAACGCCAUGCGGAGAGACGGCAAGCGUGACCACUUGGUCAUCGGCCGCUCGCCAGACGAGAUCACCAGCCUGGGAGACAAGCGCCCCGACUUCCUCUACACCACAUGA